AUGUUCAGCUCGGGCAACUAUGACGCCGACGAGCGCAAUGCUCGUCACAGGCAACACUCGACAGAGUCUGGCUCAUCCAGACCGUCUUACGAGAUGCCCAACAGUCGCAAUCUUGGCACUUUUGGGUAUGGCUCAUCUCAGGCAAGCCCUCAUCACUCGCACCAGAACUCAUCAGUCUCUUCGGUCUCUGGUGUGGACGAUGAGGAUGCGCCAUACCAUCCAUCGGCGCUAGCACAACAGCCUUAUCAUUCGCUCUCGACGUAUCAGCAGACUUCCAGACCAGGCACGCCUGGUCUUGACGCUUCGCCAGAUCGUAGAGAUACCGACCGGACCUCCAACGGCUCUUCGAACUCGUCUGGCGAACAUACCAAGGUUGACUCUAGAAGUCCGAGCGAGCAGAAUCUGCGCGAUCCACACCGAGAGUCUGAUGCGUCUCACUAUGACAACGAGGGCAUGUACAACCAGCGAUCCAACGAUUCGACCGCCUACAUAGGCUCGCCCGUCUACCCGCCAGGCUCGCCCACUUCCGGACAGUCUCACAAUGGCAUGUUCGGUCAAGUUUACGGCAGUCGCUAUCGGCAAGGCUCGUACACAACCGAUAGUGCUCGCGCAUCAACGAUCUUGAAUGACCAGAUCCAGACUAUACCCUACAACAACUCUUCGCGGGUAGCGCUCAAUAGCGAAUGGCGAAGCUCUGUUGGUUCGGAUCUCGGUGGGCAUCACAAAGAUGCUCUUUACGGUACCGGCAAAGAAGGCUUCGACUCGGGCGAGAUGGCCAUCCUCGAUCCUGACACAAAGGAGAAGUCAGGCGGCAAGGGCUCGACUUAUGUCUCUCUACCACCAGGCUCGCCUACAAUGAACGAAAAGGGCGGAUUUCCCGCGUCGCCGACCAAGGCAGAACCGGCAAUUGUGCUCAGCCGUGUCAAUCGUCUGGCCUGGAUCGACGGGCUCCGUGGUCUGGCAUCGAUUGUCAUUUUCACCCAUCAUUUUGCCGAUCUGACAUGGUCACGGAGUCAUCCCGAUACACUUGCAGAAGGCUCGGUCUACUUCUUCAUCCGCAACGGUCAACUGGCGGUCUGCAUGUACUUCUUGCUCGGUGGUCGCGUUCUGGCGCACUCGUUUCUCAAGUCCGCCUUCGCUGUGCCUAAAGUCCCCAAGGAUUCGCACGGCGUGCCGAUUCCGGGCGCAGUAGCACCCAAGAUGGGUUCGCCUAAAUGGCUCACAUUGUCUUCAUCGCUCUUCCGUCGCUCAAUCCGUCUUGCCUUGCCCGCCAUCGCCAUUGGCUUCAUUCAAUGGGUCGUCGCUAAGUCUGGCAUCAUCAAUGAUACCCCGAUCCAGGCCGCAACGAUGUACUUGCAACCUAGCGAUCUUUGGGCGCCAACGUGGAACUACAUUGGCAACUUCUGGGGUUUCCUGCAGUUCGUUCUCGAUCUGUUUACGAAUAACAACCAUCAGUACAUGCUGGCCGCUGGCUCGGCUCUCUGGACGACUUACAACCAGUUCUGGGGAUCUGUGCUUGUCUACAUCGUCGCUGCUACCGUCGCUCCCCUCGCCUGGCGCGGCCGAUACCUGCUAUACUCCCUUAUCUUGCUUGCGCUCUGGCAUUACUCCUCACCCAAUUUCCUAUACAUCGCAGGACUUUGGCUGGCCGACGCUCAUGCGGCCGGGUUCAUCCGCAAGAUCCAGGAUCAUUGGAUGCCCACGGUCGCUAUCGAGAUCUGCGUCAUGGCGAUAGCUCUGGCGUUCAUCGCAGGAGGAGGCAAGGUAGCCACGCCUGCGAACAACGCUAUUGCUUCCAUCUCGAUCAACGAUGGCAAAUAUGGUUAUGAUGCGACACUAGUCUGGCCGCAACUCAUGCUGAUGGCCAACUGGAUCCCGCCCACUAUGAUCAUCAUCUGGAUCGAGCUCAGUCACGCCAUGCAAUGGUUCGCCAGCUGGGGCAUCUUCGUCUGGAUCGGCAAAGUCUCCUACGGGUUCUAUCUCAUGCAGUUCCUGACGCUCUACGGCAUCAUGCCUCAUCUGAUCAUCCACUUUGCCAGCCAAGGCAAAUCGUACUGGGACUAUGUCAUCCCCGCAUACAUCCUGUCUUUACUGUUCAACUUUGUCGUCGCAUGGGUUGCUUAUCACGUACUCGAUCGUCUCGGUCUUAAGCUCGGCAAGUGGAUCUGGGACGGCUUCUUUGUCACCAAGCCGAAAAACGCAAGCGCACUGCCUUACAAGAUGGUUCGCGCUUUCGGACAUUGGGUCGUUCACCAGCCUGGUGAGAGCUAUCGCGACAUGGUCAACGGCACGGCAAGCUCUGUUCGUGGCUUCAUCAAGACCUGCAAGACCAUUCGGCAUUGGCGUUCGCCGGCGGUCAGACCCGUCAUUGUCAGCCCAACCGAUCCGGAUCUUCUUGCUCAGCUACACUCGACGCGAUGGACUGCAGAUCUCAGUCAGGACCGCGAAGCGGUCAGAACGGCACGCUUGCUCAACGUCCAGCAGUACGCCUGGCUCGUGCACAUUUGGCUGAUCCCUGCUAUCGCCGGCAUGUGGGUCUACUUCCACCCUACGGGUGGCUGGACAUUUGACGGUAUCACCUUUUCGACUCUGUGGCGAUUCAUCUGGAUCCUGUCGGUGCCGAAUUGUCUCGCUGCCUACAUUGGCUUCUGUACACCCGAUCGAGCGCCGAGCAAGAAGGUCAUGGAUAAGAAGCCCGUUUGCCGAGAGCAUAUCCGCAACUUCUUCAUCUUGCUCGUCACAAAGGGCUCAAACGAGGGCGCGGUCCGACGUGGUUACAACAAGCUCAUCAAACUCGAGAAGUACCAUCCUGCAGUCAAGGUCAUCCUGCUUUCCGACGAGCCAUACUCUUACCCUGAUCUGCAAAAUGUGGUUUGUCCCAAGGCGUACAAGUCACCGCUCGGCAAGGCAAAGUACAAAGCCCGCGCGCUUGACUAUUUCCGAUACCAUGUCUCACUUGGCGUGUACGACUGGAUUUUGCACAUGGACGAAGAAUCGGUCACAGACGGAGAGUCGCUUCGUCGAUGCAUGGACUUCAUCCGAUACACGCCACAUCACUUUGGUCAAGGCAUUAUCCUAUACAAUGGCGAAGGCUUCUGGAACAACUGGUAUUUCACUGUCGCAGACGGUAUUCGUGUUGGCGACGAUCUCGCGCGCUUCCACUUCCAGAACAGCGUCAUUCAUCGGCCAGUCUUUGGCGUCCACGGCUCUUUCCUCAUGACAUCUGGCGAAAUGGAAAACGAGUGCACUUGGGAUUUCGGCUCGCUUGCCGAAGAUUUCGAAUUCUCCCAGGACGCAUGGAACAGGGGCUUCACUUGCGGACGCAUACACGGCAUCGUUCGCGAGCAGUCUCCGACAUCCUUGCGCGAUUUCCUCAAGCAACGUCGGCGUUGGUUUAUGGGUAUCCGAGACAUCAAGGGUCUUUACGGCUUACCGAAUCUCGCUAUCAACUUGUGGAUCGUCGGCGUGUUCACGCUCGCAGUCACAAUCAUCAAUUUGCCUUUUGUCAUCAUCGACAGCUCAAAGACACCGCUCUGGAUCGCCAUCUGUGCCGAUUUCUGCUUCAUUACGUUCUACACGCUAUAUCUAUGGGGUAUUCUAUUCCAAGAGCUUGACGCAGGCACAAAGUGGUGGAAGAUCUGCAUCCACAUGCCUUGCUCGAUCGUCAUCCAACCGUUUGCUUCGGUCGCAGAAGGUCUGUCGGCUAUCUGGGCAAUGAGCUCCGAAGACUUUGGCAAAUUCGAAGUCAUCGUCAAAAAGUAA